ACCAGCACACUGAGUCAGGGGAGAUUCAGAAUCCACACAGGUUUACAGCACCAGAUAAUCUGGCCAUGCCAGCCCAGCUGUCUGCCCCUGGAUGAGAAACUCCUUCCAGAGCUGCUUCAAGAGGCAGGAUAUGCUACUCACAUGGUGGGGAAGUGGCAUUUAGGGAUGUACAGGAAAGAAUGCCUUCCAACCCGCAGAGGAUUUGAUACUUACUUUGGCUACCUUUUGGGCAGUGAGGACUAUUAUACUCAUGACCGUUGUGUCCUCAUCAAAGCAAAGAAUGUAACACGCUGUGCCUUGGACUUCCGAGAUGGAGAAGAAGUUGCAACUGGAUUUAAAAACGUGUAUUCCACAAAUUUAUUCACAGAAAGAGCUAUAGAUCUUAUAGCCAAUCACAAAACUGAGAAGCCCCUCUUUCUCUACCUUGCCUUUCAGUCUGUCCAUGAGCCUCUCGAGGUCCCUGAAGAAUACCUGAAACCAUAUUCUUCCAUAAAAGAUGUAAAGAGGCGCCAUUACGCAGGGAUGGUGACUCUCAUGGAUGAAGCUGUAGGAAAUCUCACUGAUGCUCUGAAAGCAUAUGGUCUUUGGGACAACACGGUUCUUAUUUUCUCUACUG